GCCGGAGCAACCAGCGGGCACACUUUCGUAUGCGUCACUAUUUAGAAACGCCGCGAAUAAUUGUAAUUUAACUAAAUUCGCUGCACGCAGCCAAGAAGGAAGAAGCAAGAUGUCCGGUACUUCUCAGAAACACAGAAACUUCGUGCAAGAGCCCAUGGGCGAAAAGGCGGUGAACGAAUUGGCCGGCAUCGGCGAAACCCUGGGAGGACGCCUUACUGAAGCGGGCUUCGACAAGGCCUACACUGUCUUGGGGCAGUUUCUCGUGUUGAAGAAGGACGAAGAGCUGUUUAAGGAUUGGAUGAAGGAGGUGUGCCAUGCCAGCUCCAAGCAGGCCUCCGAUUGUUACAACUGCCUGAACGACUGGUGCGAGGAGUUCUUGUAAGCAGCGCGCGACCAGUGCGAGGCAUUCCGAUCAAAAAAUAAGCUUGGUGGACGUGACAGCAUUAAAAACAAAAACAUUUUCAAAUCUCAAUGUCGGUCGGUACAUGUUCACAUGAUAGUUCGUAGGUAAUUUGUAACCUUUAAAAUAAAUGUACAGUCAUGUAA